UAUUUGUAUGUGUAUAUAAUAAGUUUGGUAAACUCUGUUGAUGAUUUAUUUUUAAAUUGUUUAAUGAGAACAAAUUUGUUCUUGGUUUUAAUAACUGUGAAAUGUUUUGACUUGAAUUAGAGUUUUCCUAUCCAGUCAUUUUAUACUAUCAGAAAAACAAUGGUAUAUAGAAAAGCUAAACCGGCGAAUAUUAAAUUAUGGUUGAUCUUUAUUUGUUUAACAGGCAUAACACGUAUUCUGAAAAGAAAGACCACAACGAUAAUUCUUGCAUUCGCAUGUAUAUGCAUUUGUCUUUUAACUGGAUUACUAAUACAUAAUGGUUUUUCCGAACCUAAAGUUUUACUGCCCGACUGGGUCAAGCCAGAAGAGUAUCCACCAUACGAGCCAGAAUUGCACGAGGUCUUUCCGACCGGCUCGGAGUUUGAGCCCCGAAUUCCACAUAUAUUGCACCAAGCAUACAAAAGUCAUUACGUGCCGUUAGAAUAUGCUUCAAAUAUAAAAAGCUUCUUGAACUAUAAUUAUGAUUGGGAAUAUUAUUUCUGGACGGAAGAAUCUGCUAGACAGCUUAUUAGCAGACGACACCGGCCUUUACUGGGGACCUACGACGCGUAUUCCCGGCAUGCAGCCAAAAGUGAAAUCCUUCGUUACGUUGUACUGUAUGAAUUCGGUGGUGUAUUUGCAGACAUUGGUAUAAAAUGUUUAAGGCCGUUGAAGAGACUAACUUCCAAAUACGCUUGUAUAUUGACAACUGUACCUUUUGAAAUACACGCUAUUGAGUUUAAAAUGCCUUAUGCAUUGUACCACGAUCUGAUAUUUUGUAGAGCAAAACAUCCGUUUUUAAAACAGAUAAUCGAUAAUCUGCCGUUAUAUCAACCUAUGCUAAACAAACCUUCCGCCACCGGCCCUCUCUUCUUAUCGGCCCAAUUCAUGAUAUACAACCAACAAAAAUAUUACCACACUCCAUUACAUAGAGAAAAUAAAACAGAAGGUAAUUCGCCUUUCUUCUACUGCAGCAGACUUCCAGAAAUGCACGACGACGCCGUAUAUGUGCCGAAUUCGAAAUAUUUCUCGUUCUACCUGCGUUGGUUGUACAAGUUAUGUCGUGAUUUUGAGAGACUCUCUUUUACACAAAGGAGAGGUUGCCUUGAGCUCAGUCGUAGAACAAACAAGGUCAAUAAUCUAACUUACACUUAUAGUCACUGGUACAAGCCAGUCUAUACACCAGUUACUAACUUUCUAUUUAGAAUUUCCAUAACAAUUUUAGUUGGAGACAGAAUAGAUAGAUAAACACAGUGAUGUUGUUCUCCCAACGUAACUACUGAAUUGACAGCGGCAUACUUGAUUACAUUUCUAAGGAUUACGGACGAGCGGUAUAUUUGAUUACAUUUCCUAGGAUUACGGACGAGCGUAUAUUUGUUUACAUUUCCGAGGAUUAUGGACGAGCGGUGUGUCUGAUUACAUUUUCCAGGGAUUACGGGCGAGCAGCAAAUGGUAUUUGAUUACAUUUCCAAGGAUUACGGACAAGCGGCAUAUUUGAUUAUAUUCCAUUGGAUUACGGACGAGCGGUAUUUGAAUUACAUUUCCAAAAAUUAUGGACAAUCGGCAUAUUUGAUUACAUUUCCAAGGAUUAUGGACAAGCGGCAUAUGUGAUUAUAUUUUCAAGGAUUACAGACGAGUGGUAUAUUUGAUUAUAUUUCAAAGAAUUACGGACUAGCGGCAUAUUUGAUUACAUUUCCAUGGUUUACUGAAGGAAUUCCAAAUUAGCAUGGAUGCGUGCUGGUAAAGUCGUAUUCAAUUUAUAAGUCGACCCUGCUUACCUUUUACAUUUUGAACGCACACUCCAGUGCUUGAUAAAGAAUAAACUAGCGUCGGCCUACUGGAAGAGGGUCGAUGCACUUUAUUGGUCGUCUAAAAGAGGGUCGGUGUACUUUUCAUUCUGUGGAGUUAUGUAAAUCUGUAUCAAGUAAAGUUGAUAACUUCGAUAUAAAAAAAUUCAUAUUUGUGUCCAAUAUGGAAGAUAUUUUGUUAUAAGGACAUGUAAAUACAGUCAAACUUGUGUUAAAUACCACUUCCGAAUAAAGAUCACCCUGUUAGUACAGGCCACUCUUAGACAAUAUUUUAUUCAAUAAUUUGAACAAAUCAUUCCCCAAAUGAUGACCACUUGUCUAUCAAGGCCGUGUUUGGUAUAUCCCUCGGAUGGUCGUUGUUUGCAGGGUUGACUGUAUUAUAAUUAUCUAAUUGUCUAACAAUUAUCUAUAAUUUCCUUAAGUUUACUUUAUUAACAUUAUUUUAGAACUUAUUAAUUUACAAGUUAACAAAGUUUGAUACAUGUACAAUAUGCUCUACAUUGUUAAGUUAAUUAACAUGACAUAUGAGC